AUGGCUGAGGAACAACAGAAAAAACAAGGUGGUCCCGGCGGCAUCCUCACCGGACUGACCGACACCGUCGGCAACACUGUCGGAGGCUUGACUGAAACCGUCGGCAACACCGUCUCGGGCGUGGGCUCAGGCGUAGGCAAGACCGUCGGCGGUGCCACUGAAGGUCUCGGAAACACGACCAAGGCCGUGGGCGACACUGCCAAAAGCGGGACUGAUUCCAUCGGCUCGAUCGGGGGCAAGAAACAGGACGGAGAUAAUCCUCUGGGCUUGUGA